GCGAGUAAGGAAAAGAAAGAGUAAUCUUCGUCUCUCGCCCCGAUUCCUCCCUUCGAGAGAAUCUGUUCCGAUCUUUUAAUGCACGCGUAUACACCCUAGAAGAAGAAACCGCUGAUCCGCCGUGGCUGGAUUCAUCUAAGCUCUGGGUUUUUACCGUUCUGGGGACGGAGAGAGAAAGGGUAUAUCUCCGUUGUUGUAUCGCCUGAAAACGGAUGUGGUUUGAAAUCUCCAAGACAUUUGUUGUGAUUCUCUAGUUUCUGCAAAAUAUAUCUGUAGUGAUACAUAUCAACUGGUUAUGAUGGAUGAUGGGAUAUCGAGCUUCUGGGGUCCCGUGACCUCUACUAUAGAGUGUUGUGAGAUGAACUAUGUGUACUCGUCGUAUAUUGCAGAGUUCUUCAACACUAUAUCUAAUGCCCCCGGGAUUCUUUUGGCUCUCAUCGGUCUUUUCAAUGCACUAAGGCAAGGGUUCGAGAAGCGGUUUAGCAUUCUUCACAUAUCCAAUAUGAUACUUGGUAUCGGUAGCAUGCUCUACCAUGCCACUUUGCAACGCGUGCAACAACAGAGUGACGAGACACCUAUGGUUUGGGAGAUACUUCUGUACAUGUACAUCCUUUACUCACCGGAUUGGCAUUACCGGAGUACUAUGCCCACUUUUCUCUUCCUCUACGGAGCUGCAUUUGCCAUAGUCCACGCCUUUGUCCGGUUUGGCGUCGGCUUCAAGGUCCACUAUGUGAUCCUUUGCCUUCUUUGCAUCCCUCGGAUGUACAAAUACUACAUUCACACCGACGAUACAGCAGCCAAACGUCUUGCAAAGUGGUAUGUCUUUACUCUUAUCAUGGGGAGUGUCUGUUGGUUCUGUGACCGUGUUUUCUGCAAGACGAUAUCGCAGUGGCCUGUCAACCCUCAGGGCCAUGCUCUGUGGCAUCUCUUCAUGGGUUUCAAUUCUUACUUUGCAAACACAUUCCUGAUGUUCUGCCGUGCUCAGCAGCGAGGUUGGAACCCGAAAGUAAAAUACUUUAUGGGAAUGCUUCCUUAUGUCAAGUCUGAGAAGCCAAAAGCCCAGUAAGGAAUAAGGGUAGAAAGGAAUCGUUUUUGUCAGAACUAGAGCUUCUUUUUUGCAGGUGGACAGGUGGAGUGGUGAACUGUAACGCCGAGUCUAGUUUUUUUUUUUUUUAAUUAGGUCUUAUGGAUCCGACAGAAAACGGUUUGCUUUCUGAAAGUUGUUUCAGGGCAUCCUCUUUGACCAAAUCCCUUUUUGGAUGCGAGUAGGAGGGAUUUGGUUGUCAUGGGGUUUUAUCAAUUGUUCGAAUGUGUGUACCAUAAUUUUUGGCUUUUGGAUUUUGGGUUUGUUUCUUGUCCUGAUUCUCACGGUCGUUUUGCCUUUGUGAGCUUUAAGCCAGUGAAGAAACUGUGUGGGGUUCAGUUCUGAAGUCUUGGUUAUGAUUUAUUGAUA